AUGGCAAACUUCAUGAUGGGAUCUACCUGGUUCAAGGGCGACUAUAUCAGAGAUACAAUGGUUAUGAAACUUCCAUUCGGACUUGCCAAUGAAUUGAACGAAACCUUUGAGCCUUUUACAGAGAUUAUGGGUCUCGGCUACUCGAGCAACAUGCCUCACUGGAGGCUUGUCCAAGCUAGUGCCAUCUCUUCACGUCUCUACAGUAUUUACCUUAACAAACUGGAUCAAUAUGGCUCGAUCCUGUUCGGUGGAGUUGACACCGCUAAAUACCAGGGCCCAUUGACCACACUCAACUUCUUGCAUUCGCGCAACACGGGAAAGGUCGAUAAUUUCUACCUGCAUGUCAAGGAAAUCAAGAUCAAACCGUAUAACGAAUCAUGCCGGACUAUUUUCCGCUCUACCAACGACCACAAGAUCAGAACUAAACCAGAUACAGGAACCCCUGAUUGGCAACUACCGACAAGCGUGUACCAAGAGGUUAUCAGGCAUGCGGGCUGUGAGCCUUCAGAAGAAUCAUGGCCUGGAGUCCCUAAGGGAAAAUUCGUCAGACCGUGCAGUGAAGUGGCUCGAGGUAGCGCCAACACCGCUCAUUUUGAGGUCACCUUCGCUGGUAACGGAAGCAACACUGCCAGUCUACGCCUAGAGCUAGCCGAUCUGUUCUCUCCGAUCACGAAAAAGGAUGGCAGCGCAGCAACUGAUGAUUCUGGUCAACCGAUGUGCUGGCUACGAGUCACGCGGCAACCGUAUGACGGCCGAACCCGUUUGACAUCAAGUUCGGUCAUGCGAGCUGGAUUCUGGAUGUUUGAUCUGGAUAACGGUCAAGUGUCAAUGGCACAAGCCAACCUAGGAGCAAACUCAUCAAAUGUGGUUCAGGUCGAAGCUGACAAGGUCGAAGGUCUAAUGUCAGCUUCGGUGACAUAUGAAUUGUCGACCGCUACCAACAUUAUUGGCUAUGCUACAGGCACAGAGUCCUACCCAACACCAACGGGUAUAGGAUUGUACAAUCCUUCGAACGACCACAGUCCGCGUCGUAGUCGGAACAAUGCGCAUGUGCAUCUUUUUGAAAACACAGCUACUAUCGUGGGUCUUGAGGUUUCUGGCUUCUGGGUUAUCUGUGUUGCUGUUGUCGUGACGAUGGGUACUCUCGCCCUUUAG